AUGGAGGAUUGCUGCAGGGACUCUCUACUCUCCCACAUCACCUCCGUGCUUUUCCUCUUGCUGCUGCCUGCUAGGGGUUCUGCAGAGGAUUUCGUGGUGAAUGGCCCCUCGGAACCUGUUGUGGCGGUGCUGGGUGGAAGCAUCAUGCUGUCCUGUCAUGUGUCCCCACCCAUGGAUGUGGAGAACAUGGAGCUGCGGUGGUUCCGCUCCAAGUUCUCAGAAGCGGUGUUCAUCUAUGAAAACCAGCAGGAACAGAAAGAGGGGCAGCUGGUACAGUACACAGGGCGGACUUCACUGGUGAAGGACUUCCUCAGCAGGGGGGAGGCCAUUGUGCAUAUCCAGAAGGUCCAGGCUUCUGACAACGGGCUGUAUACCUGCUUCUUCAGAAAGGGAAGUUUCUAUGAAGAGGCCAAUUUGGAGCUGAAAGUGGCAGGUGUGGGCUCCACCCCUCAAGUGCACAUCACAGGGCCAGAGGAGGACGGGAUCCGAGUGGUGUGCACGGCCUCCGGGUGGUUCCCAAAGCCCCAGGUACAGUGGAGUGCUGCUAAUGGGGAAAAGUUCCUGACAUUCUCUGAGACACAUGCGGAAGACGCUGAAGGACUGUUCAGUGUGGAGGCUGCUCUGGUGGUGAGGGACAGCUCUUCAGGGAAUAUAACCUGCUCGGUCUUCAACCCUGUCCUGGACCAGAAGAAGGCAAUGGCCAUAUUCAUCCCAGAGCCUUUUUUCCCCCAGGCCUCUCCCUGGAAGUCAGCUUUCAUACUGAGCCUGAUGGUGCUGAUGCUCGCACUCAUUGGGGCUGCCUAUUACAUCAAGAGAGAACAUACUGCAAAGAGACAGGCGCAACAGGAAUGGGAGAGACUGCACAGGGAAAAGGAGGAGGACCGGCGGACAAAGGAGGAGGCAUUGAAGGCCAGAGAUGAACUCCAAGCAGAUCUCGAUUGGAGGAAAUCCGUUUUCCUGGCUGGCUGGAAGAAGGUGCAGUUAUAUGCAGACUGGAAGAAAGAGAAGUUCCAGGCCUUGUCUGUCGUUCUGGAUCCAGAGUCUGCACAUCCCCACCUUGCUGUCUCUGGUGGAGGGACUAGUGUGACCUUGAAGGACACAAGUAAGGACGAAGAAGAACCCUGUAGCAUCAUGGGCCAGGAGGCCAUCACUUCAGAGCGCUGUUAUUGGGAGGUGGAGAUCAGGAGUGGAAACAAAUGCAACUGGAGUCUGGGGGUCUGUAGGGGAGAUGCAGAGAGGAAGGGCUGGUACAGAGAGGGCCCAGAAAAGGGGUUCUGGGCUGUGGGGAAAUAUGAAGGUAAAUUAUAUGCCCUUAUGCUCCCUUGCCAUCAGGAAAUCUGUAAGGAAAUUCCCCACAGGGUGGGGGUUUUCUUAGACAUCAAAGAAGGGGUUAUCUCCUUCUAUAACAUGACGAAGAACUCUCACCUUUUCUCCUUCUCUUUCACUUCCUCCUCUGGAACUCUGUUUCCAUACUUCAUGGUCAAGUCAGGAGAUGUGUCCCUGACCAUCUGCUCUGUGGUGGGUGGGCCUGCAGAGAGCCCUGUGCCUUUUAACAAUUCUCCUUCUUCUUUGGAGGAGUCUGUGAGACUCUCAGGGGAGGGAUUCAACUCAGGCUCUGCUAUUGAUGGUGUUCCCCCAGGGGCCGACUCUCCAUUACUCCCGUACAGCCCUGAGGCCAUGUCCCCUUAGGACCUCAACACUGUUCCAGACUCCUUACGGUGACUCUUCCUGGAGGUUCACAUUCCUUGGGACAAAAGCCUCUGAGAUUAGU